GCUGGGGAGCCGGCGUCACGUGACGGGGCCCGGAAGCGGCUGUCCAGGCGACUAAAAUACGAUGGCUAGGGGUCGGUGCUGAGACUGUGCGGGGUGGGUUGAGCUGUAACUGGAGCCCAGGCCGGACAGGGCCGAGCGCUACCAUGUCUACCCAGAGACUUCGGAAUGAAGACUAUCAUGACUACAGUUCCACUGACGUGAGCCCUGAAGAAAGCCCAUCUGAAGGCCUUGGUAACUUCUCUCCCGGCUCCUACCAACGCUUAGGGGAGAGCGGUAACAUGACAUGGUUCCAGACCUUGAUCCACCUGCUAAAAGGCAACAUUGGCACCGGACUCCUGGGGCUGCCACUGGCAGUGAAAAAUGCAGGCCUCUUGAUGGGUUCUCUCAGCCUGCUGGUGAUUGGCAUCGUGGCCGUGCACUGCAUGGGUAUCCUGGUGAAGUGUGCUCGUCACUUGUGCCGCAGAAUGAACAAGCCCUUUUUGGACUAUGGGGACACAGUGAUGUACGGACUAGAAUCCAGCCCCAGCGCCUGGAUCCGGAGCCACUCCCACUGGGGAAGGCACAUCGUGGGCUUCUUCCUCGUUGUCACUCAGCUGGGAUUCUGCUGUGUCUACUUUGUGUUUCUGGCUGAAAAUUUUAAACAGGUGAUAGAGGCGGCCAACGGGACCACCACCAACUGCCAAAACAAUGAGACUGUGGUCCUGAUGCCCACCAUGGACUCUCGACUCUACAUGCUCUCCUUCCUGCCCUUCCUGGUGCUGCUGACUUUCAUCAGGAGCCUGCGCAUACUGUCCAUCUUCUCCCUGCUGGCCAACGUCAGCAUGCUGGUCAGCCUGAUCACAAUCUACCAGUUCAUCGUCCAGAGGAUCCCGGACCCCCACAGCCUCCCCUUGGUGGCUCCAUGGAAGACCUACCCUCUGUUCUUUGGCACUGCAGUUUUUGCUUUUGAAGGCAUCGGCGUGGUUCUACCCCUUGAGAACAAAAUGAAGAACUCAAAGAAGUUUCCACUUAUCCUGUAUUUGGGGAUGACCAUUGUCACUGUACUCUAUAUCAGCCUGGGAAGCCUGGGGUACCUGCAAUUUGGAGCUACUAUUAAGGGCAGCAUUACACUCAACCUGCCUAACUGCUGGUUGUACCAGUCUGUGAAGCUGCUGUACUCCAUAGGCAUCUUUUUCACGUACCCUCUCCAGUUCUACGUUGCAGCUGAGAUCAUCAUUCCAAUCAUUGUGUCCCGUGUGCCUGAGCAUUAUAUGCUAAUGGUGGACCUUUGUGUGCGCACUGCUAUGGCCUGCAUAACAUGUGUCCUGGCCGUCCUCAUCCCACGCCUGGACCUGGUCCUCUCCCUGGUGGGCUCUGUGAGCAGCAGCGCCCUGGCCCUCAUCAUCCCGCCCCUGCUGGAGGUGGCCACCUUCUAUGGGGAGGGCUUGAGCCCUCUGGCCAUCAUCAAGGAUGCCCUCAUCAGCAUCAUAGGCUUCCUGGGCUUCGUGGUGGGGACCUACGAGUCUCUGUGUGAGCUGAUCCAGCCAAAGCAUGUAGACACCUCUACCAAUUCCACCAGUGCCUUCAUAUAAGGAUCUGGGUGUGUUCCCUGCACCUGCCCAGCCCUACCCUUGUGUGUCUCCCCGUAGUGUCCCCACAGCCUCAGGUAUGGCUCAGCCUCUGGGGAAAGGCUGGGUUGCUGCCUGGAUACUCCUCCACCUAGCAUUGAGCUCUUGGGUACCCUGGGCUAGGUGAGACUGAGUCAGGGGGCAGAGUAGGGAGCAGACACUCCACUUGUGAUGGUGCAGUCACUGCUUUCCUUCAUCAUGCCCCACCCCCAUCCUCGGCACUGGCCUCCCUCACCUGACCUGCCACACCUAAGCUAUUCCCAUCACACAGCUCACUUUAUUUACAAGGGAGCAUCCUGCUCCAGGCCUUUCCCCCUUUCCAGGGCCAGGGCUAGAUUAAAUAAGUAGGGACUCUGACGUUUUACAAAACCAGGCCUCUUACUCAUCGGACUCCCAAAUGCCGUACCUCACUCUCCCAGCCAGCUGAGUCCUGAGAGGCUUCUGGACCUCCCAACCCACAGGCCACACCACCUCUUCUCUCAUUUCCUCUGGCAGGCCAUGAUGCUGCCCUCCUAAUUCCUUUAGCUCUUAAAGAUAAUGAGAUGCUGCCCAGAUUGGAGGUAUUUAUAAUUUAUUUAAGCUGAGGUUUUGGAAUCUGACUUCAGACAUGGCACCAUGGUGGAUUACUUCUCCUUCAGCAGCUUGUACAUGGCUUCUCCUGCCACACAGAAACCUGCUCCAGGGGACCAUGGUAUAUGUCCUCCACCCUCUUGGCCAGGUGGCCUAGAGGCCAUUCUUUUUGUUUCUGUUUUUUUUUUUUUUGAGACAGGGUCUCAUGUCACCAAAGUUGGCUUUGAACUUGCUAUGUCAAAGGUGACCUCCUGCCUCUGCCUCAGGUAUUGAGAUUACUAGCAUGAGCUGCCACACACAGAUGGCUCAGAGACCUUAAGCAGAUCAUGUGAGCAUGCGCCCCCUCUAGGAGAUCCAUGCAUGUGUGGACUUACAUUUAUGAGACUGCAUCCAUAUGGGCAUUCGGAAGUACUUGUGGUGUGCUGGCUGAGGACAGGGGCGUGGGUUCUGACAUAGACACUACGCACAAGGGUCAUUGUUUACAGUUCCUGGGGAGAGAGCAGAAGCCCUGCCUUGCCCCAGGCUGCCUCUGUAUCCUGGGCUUCCAAGGAACCACUAAACACUAACUGUGACCUAUAUGCAUCCUGCAUAAUGCCUCCCGUAGAGUCACAUGGCUUCUAGAUCAGUCACCUCAGGGUGGGCCUUUGAGGCAGCUAAGAAAGUCUGUGGCUUGCCACUAAUCUCCUGUUGGUGCAAGAAGGAUUUUCAAAGGGCAGUCAUUAGCUCCCCAUCCCUGAGUUGUGUGUGUGACUGCACACAUAUGUGUGCAUACACAUGUACAUACAUGACAGAGUGGUUCAUGUGUAGCUCUUACCUAGAGAUAGGAUUUGCCUUGAACCUUGGUUUAGAGAAAGGAGCAAGAAUUUAACAGGGUCUUGCUUUUGUGUUUGACAGAAGCUAGAAGGGCUGCGGCCCAACCUUGCAGCCAAGCCCUUUCCUGCUGCUCUGUCCAGAGUCUGCUGAAUGACCUCCAGGUCACAGGAUCGGAAGGGUGGCCUCUUGUUCAAGCAGUGAUGCUUGGAGGAGGCACUGCUGUCUUUCAGCUCCUUAGCCCCUAGGAGAGCAGUGCUUUUUACCCUUUCUGCUCAUUCGUGUGUCCAUGGGUGCUCAUGUGGUCAGGUGCCAGCCACUGGACUUCACAGAUGUUGCUUUUUGAAGUCUCCAGCUGGAAAAUGCCCAGAGUAGGUUCAGACGCUGACCUGCUAUUUCUGGGCUUGGGUUCCAGCAUCCCAGGUGUGGGCCAGGCUCUCUCCUAGAGGCCACCUGAGCAUGGCUUCAGGACACUGUAUUCAGAACCGUUAGAGGCACCCCUAUCCAGGUGACUUUGGAAGUCAAGACCCAACGCACAAGGCCAGCAGUCAUUUCAGGGCCCCUGGCCUGAGAUCGUGUGAAGUGCCUUGUUUAGCGUCAGGCUAGUGGCAGCUUCCUUGGUGUGACCUCUUGCUGUUCUCCCAAGGCACUGGCAGUUUGGUGGCUUGACUCUUUCAGGAAGAUCAGGGCCUUUCUGGAUGGACUUCGGGUAGCUGCUAAGCCAGUAGUUCCAGGUGGGAGAGGAGGCAGGUCCUCUGCUGCACACAGCCCAGGGCUCACAGGAGCCUUCAGUCAGGGUCCUCAUGCCUUCUCCUGCUGUCAGUUGGGAGCCAGCUGGUGAGAAAACACUCAGAACAACAGGAAGGCUUUGUGAAGAAGAAGCCUGCAUCCAGAUGCCCCAAGGGCAGACAGGCUGCCUGGUCCUUGCCAGCCUGGUGCUUGCCUGUACCGGCAGUUCAGAGACCCGUUAUCCCAGACUGGAAUGUGAGUACUUGCUGGGAAGAUGUAUGUGAUCCAGCCUGUGCAGCUCACCCUGCCCUCGCUAGUGGCAUCAUUUGUAAUGUGCUGCUGUCUGGGUCAGGAGAGGGAUGGAUUAGUUUAGCCCCACCCACCUCACCUCCUUAGCCACCCCAACAGGAAGGUGCUCACCUUUGGAAGUCAUGGGUUAAGUGUUAUCAGUGGUCUCAAGGCAGAUCCCAGAGCUUGUCCUUAGUCUCUUUCAUCCUCAGAUGUGUCAUGUCUUUGGACACUACUGUUUCACCUGAUCCUCCCAGGAGGUAUGGAGCUUUGAUCAUGUUUACAGCAUUCUCUGUCCUCUGUGUACAUCGAGGGCGCUGGAUAUGCUUUCUCUGCUGACCAGCCCCAGCCACCACUCCCAUUGGGACACUGAGACUUGCUUGAGACCUGAUACGGGAACCAGACAGAGUGGAGGGACUUGGCAGUCAGGAUGGUGGCGCCAAGUCAACUUUAGAAUUUCAUUUUCUAAAGUACAUUACAAAUCAGAGGCCAUUAGGGGAAAGCAAGCCGUCUGGCUCGCCUUUGAAACUGUGGUCAAUACUUGAAGGCACUUUAGUCCUGCUGGUCACGACAUCUUCCACCCGAUGGGUUUCUUCCUUUUCUGUGUAUCCUGAGUCAUUCCUAGUCAAGGACAUUAAACUGUGCUCAUAGGCGGUUAUCAGAAGAAAGAAGAGGACAAUGAGGUUGAAAGGGGCAGGGUGUUUGCCCUGUUCUUUGAUUUAAAUCAAGGUGAUGUUGAAGAAACUGCUUUCUUUCUCUUUUUUUUAAUGGAAAAUAGAAUUCCAUGUCUGUGUUGUAAACUGUCAGUGGAUGUGCGAAUCAAGGAAUGAGAGAGCUGCCGUGCAGAGUCUGGAGAGCCAGACCGUACUGUCACGUGCCUCCUCCGAUGUGAUUUCAGUAGGGUGAGCGUACACAUGUGGGCCAUGUCAGAACGUCUAGGUCUCAGUUGGGUUGAACACAUGGCUCUUGUGUUAAAUUUCCACUUCAAUAAAUGAAUUUUAUUUUUUAUUUGA